AGAAGAAGAAGAAGAAGAAGAAGAAGAAGAAGAAGAAGAAGAAGAAGAAGAAGAAGAGGUCAGAUCUGCUGUGGGAGAUGAACAUUAUCAGACGCUUCUCCUGGUUUUGCCGAUAAAGCUGAGUCUGAACCUCUGAGCCGGAAUGGGGGACUGGAACUUGUUGGGGAAGUUGUUGGAGAGCGCUCAGGAGCACUCCACCGUGGUGGGUAAAGUCUGGCUCACGGUGCUGUUUAUCUUCCGGAUCCUGGUUCUGGGAACGGCCGCUGAAAAAGUGUGGGGCGACGAACAGUCCGGCUUCACCUGUGACACCAAGCAGCCUGGUUGUCAGAACGUCUGCUACGAUAAAACCUUCCCCAUCUCGCACAUUCGCUUCUGGGUGAUGCAGAUCAUCUUCGUCUCCACCCCCACACUCAUUUAUUUGGGCCACAUCCUUCAUCUGGUCCGUAUGGAAGAAAAGGAGAAAGAGAAGGAGAAGGAACUGGCCCUCCACAAUGAAAAGCAGCAGCAGGUCGUUUGUAGUAAAGCCAAGAAGGGUCCGAUUAAAGACAAUCAGGGUCAUGUGCGAUUGAAAGGCGCACUUCUACGAACAUACGUCUUCAAUAUCAUUUUCAAAACCCUAUUUGAGGUGGCGUUCAUUGUGGCUCAGUACUUCUUAUAUGGGUUUGAGCUGAAGCCCAUGUACACCUGUGACCGCUGGCCUUGUCCUAACAUGGUCAACUGCUACAUCUCUCGACCCACUGAGAAGACCAUCUUCAUUCUCUUCAUGCUGGCUGUGGCCUGCAUCUCACUGCUGCUCAACCUGGUGGAAAUGUACCAUCUGGGCUUCACCAAAUGCCACCAGGGCCUCCGAUACAGGCGGUCUCGCAAUGCCACCGAGGCCUCCAAAGCCAUGAGCGAGGCCGUCAUGCCUUUUGUCCCGAGCUAUAACUACUUUGCCGCUCCCCCUGCCGCUCCUGAGCCUUUUCCCUCUGAACCCAAGUACAGCUUAGCAGAGCCCAACUCUGCUUACAGCCCUUACAACAGCAAAGCGGUUUACAAGCAAAACAGAGACAACAUGGCUGUGGAGAGGAAAGGAAAGGCAGAAGAUGAUGUGAAGGAGAGGAAAACGUCCAGCGCCGGCUUCGAUAUGCCAAUAGACAACCAUCGGAGAAACAGUCAGUCAAGUAAACACAGCAACAACAAGAGCAGGGUGGACGACCUGAAGAUUUAGUUUAGUUUAGGAUUUAUCCCUGACUCAGAAACAGGAACAGAAUCAGCAGCUACAGCUUCAUGCA